GGCGGCGGGCGCGGCCCCGGCUGAGGGCGGGCGGUCCAAGAUGGCGCAGGCCGUGAGCGUGGGGGAGCUGGGGCUGCCCCAGCUGGAGCUGCUCAAGGGGCAGCUGGAGCAGGAGGUGGAGUUCCUGUCCUCGUCCCUGGCGCAGCUCAAGGUGGUGCAGACCAAGUUCGUGGAGGCCAAGGAGUGCCUGAACGUGCUGCACAAGGGCAACGAGGGGAAGGAUCUCCUGGUGCCCCUCACCAGCUCCAUGUACGUGCCAGGCAAGCUGCAGGACGUCAGGACGGUCCUGGUGGACGUUGGCACUGGCUACUACGUGGAGAAGGUGGGCAGGGG